AUGCCUGCCAAAGGGAAAAUGACAAAACAUCGUGAAGACAUGGCCCUGGGUUUGAUAGUCAUACUUGUGGUGGCGGCCGUGGCGCGAUGCCAGGAGUUGUUGAAAAACGCGGAUCUGGAGGGAACCGGGAGCUGGGAUUGCUACGGCAUUAAGUGCUAUGGUACAAGCGACCAUCACAGCGGAAGCCAGGCUGUGAAGGCAACAUCACGGCAUGCCUUUUUCGAGGGCCCAUCGCAGAAUGUGUGGGUCAAAGAACACACCACGUAUAAAUUCCAGGGCUGGGCCAAACUGGUCAAUGACAACGGAAAGAAUCAGUACUUAGAACUGGAGGUAGAACAUAGUUAUAAGAAUGGUCAGAAAAGCUAUGUAAGCGUUUCCCGACAUAAUAAUAUUCGCACUUCCUCGGGUUGGGUUCACCUCUCGGGCACAUUCAUGAGUCCCGGAAAUCUUGACCACAUCCGGGUGUACUUCCAAGGGCCCGAGCCAGGUGUGGAGUUCAUAGCUGACGGGGCCUCGCUCACCGAUCAGUCUUCGGGUCAUCAGUCAUCCGGAAACUGGAAAGCUCAGGCCAAUGAGCGCAUUGAUCGGCUCAGAAAAAGCAACAUUCACUUCAAGGUCACGGCUGACGGGGGUAUCAAUCAUGGCUCUGUCACUAUCGAGACUGUGAUGACCAAACACGCUUUCCCAUUCGGCACAGCGGUUGUAGCAUCCAUCAUGAACAAUAACAAUGGCGGAUCCGAACAGAAGUACAGGCAGUUCAUAUACGACCAUUUCAACUGGGCUGUUACGGAAAAUCAGCUGAAGUGGAAUCAGUUCGAGUACAACGAGGGUCACCCCGACUAUAAUACCGGAAUAAAUGCCGUGAAGAAGCUAAGGAGCCAUGGGAUAAAGGUGAGAGGUCAUAACCUGUUAUGGGCUGUGGAACAAUGGGUACCUCGAUGGCUCAAGUCAAAGUCCCCGUCUCAGGUCAGAAGCAUCGUCGAUCAUCAUCUACACGAGACUGUCAGCCACUUCAAGGGCCUAGUUGAACACUGGGAUGUCAACAACGAGAUGCUACACGGUAACUGGUACGCCACCAAACUCAACGAUCCUAACUAUACGAAGGAAGUCUUCAAAACCGUUCAUAACAUCGAUCCAAACGUUAAGCUGUUCUUGAACGACUACAGUGUCGUAGCUGGCGGAGCAUCUACUGACGAUUAUUUGGCUCAAGCAAAGGAUUACAAGGCUUCCGGUACUCACAUUGGCGGUAUCGGCGUCCAGUGUCACUUCGGCAUGGAGCAGUAUCCUGAUCCCAGCACUGUGAACUCUCGGCUGGACAAACUAGCACAGGCCGGUCUGCCAAUCUGGGUCACAGAGCUGGAUGUCCAAUCAAAUGACGUGAACAAACGAGCUGACUACUACGAAACUGCCCUCCGGACUUUCUUCUCCCAUCACGCCGUCCAGGGAAUCUUGUUGUGGGGGUUCUGGGUACGCAUCACUGGAGGGGAGAACCAGCAGCUCUGGUGUCAGGACAAGAUUUCAGAAUUAACGCCGCCGGUCAAAGAUUCCUCAAUCUGGUGUAUGGGGAAUGGAAAACUUACGACAAACAUUACCUUUCCAAAGGCUCUGCGUACACCGUAAGGGCUUUCCGUGGUGACUACACGAUCUACGUCAAGAUCAACGGCAAUGUCGUACAGACCCAGCAUUUCUCCCUCGGCAAUGGCGACCACAAUGUCAACCUUCAUAUCAGCGCACACGGUUAAUAUUUUGCAAUAAAGUAAUAAAGGAUAGA